UCAUCGAUGACUUCCUCCUCUGGGUUAUGUUGAGUUUCCGGCAGCUCCUGCCCCACCGAAGUAUCCACAGGGCUCUUGGUAGUGGAAGGUGUUUGUCCUGCGACCAUCACCCUAGAUCCUGGGCACAUACAGGAAGUCAGGGGAACGUAUGGUACUUGCAGGAGACACUGUUGUUGCCUCCGGAUUGGACACCUUCUCUCCUACUCCAUGUCAGAUUCCAACUCAACCGACUUCAUCAACCCCUCCACCUUCAUCCUGCUGGGCAUUCCUGGCCUAGAGGCAGCCCAUGUCUGGAUCUCCAUCCCCUUCUGUGCAAUCUAUGCCAUAGCCCUCUUGGGAAACUUUGCCAUCCUGUUCAUCAUAAAGACAGAGCCGAGCCUCCAUGUGCCCAUGUACUAUUUCCUCUGCAUGCUGGCCAUCACUGACCUGGUCCUGUCUACAUCCAUCCUACCCAAAAUGCUGAGCAUUUUCUGGUUCAAUUCCAGGGAGAUCAAUUUCACUGCCUGCCUUACUCAGCUGUACUUCAGUCUCAGCUUCUCUACGAUAGAGACUGGGAUCCUCGUGGCCAUGGCUUUUGAUCGCUAUGUGGCCAUCUGCGAUCCCCUGAGACAUUCCACCAUCUUGUCAAACCCCAUGGUGGCCAAAAUUGGCCUGGCUCUGGUGCUGCGCGGCGCCAUACUCGUACUGCCCUAUCCCUUCCUGGCGAGGAGUUUGCCAUACUGCAGAACAAACAUCAUUCCCCACACGUACUGUGAGCACAUAGCUGUGGUGAAGCUGGCCUGCGCCGACAUCCGUGUCAGUAGUUACUAUGGCCUCUCUGUGGCAUUCUUCGUAGUUGCUCUGGAUGUGUCUUUUAUCGCCGUGUCCUAUACCCAGAUCCUCAGGGCCAUCUUCAGACUCCCAACAAAGGAUGCUCGACUAAAGACUUUUGGGACCUGCGGCUCCCACCUCUGUGUCAUCUUAGCCUCUUACAUCCCAGCUCUCUUCUCCUUCCUCACGCAUCGGUUUGGGCACAAUGUGGCCCUGCAUUUCCAUGUUCUCAUGGCCAACAUGUACCUCCUGCUGCCCCCCAUGCUAAACCCCAUCAUCUAUGGGGCGAGGAACCAACAGAUCCGGGAUAGGAUGCUCCAGCCCUUUACUCAUAAAGGGACCUAAAGUUUUCUCAUUGUGCUCUGGAUCUCAGACUGAGCUCCGUGCUGAGCUGUCUGGUGACAUGGUGCUGGGCCCUCUUCCCUGAAUCACUGACUAGCCAGUCAAAGGAACUUUAAAUCCUUUCCUGACCUUACUGUGCUGUGUAAGCGUGACAAACUGGGGAAUCUGCCUAUGUACAACUCACAGGGUUGCCCCCUUCCUAAUUGCUGGUAACUGGAAGCCUGAGGCCCCACCUCUCUGCCCUGCCUCUUCCCCCAUGUUCCGCCCCUGUUCUGCCUCUUCCCCUCAAGGCCCCGCCCCUCACUCGCUCCUCUCCUUCCCACCCCCUGUCACUCUCUGGAUCAUCCCUGUGACACUCUGCACCCCAAAGCACCCAUAUUUACCAUGGCGAUGUAAUUAUGGUAUGUCUUGUACAAAAUAUGCCCUAUGAGGUAUCCUUCUAAAAGUCUUAAUCUGCUAAACAUUGAUAUCCCCUGGGGUUGUAUGCACUCUCAUUGUAUGUGAAGGUAUGAAAUCCUGCUAUGUGUGAGUUACUAAAGUGUGAUGUGAGGCUGGAAACACCCAAAACCAGCCUUUCAGGGAUGUCAAAGGAGUAGCCAGACAGUGUUAAUUGCUGUCAUGACCACCCAUCCAGGGAAGAAACCACUAGCACAGGAUAUGAAAGCCUCCUUGGAGGGCACACCCCCCAUGUCACAUACAUCAACUUUCCAGCAAGCUGGAAGAAACUAUAAAGGAUGGGGAGUGACAUCAACACUUGUUUUCAGUCCCCCACAACUCAACACCUGCAAGAAGCUCUGAAAGGCAAAGGACUUUGAACGGGGGAGA